UCCUUAACAUUUGAUGCAUACCUGACACUUAAGAUAAUCCCCAUAACAUUAUUUAAUUCUCACAAUUUCCCUAUGUUUUGUAUAAUCACUAUUUAUGAUUCAUCAAACAUUUAAGUUGGGAUUUUUCCACCUCUUAGUCAUUAUGUGUGCUUUCCCUUCCACCUCAAAUAGUCUUAAUUUCUCCUUUUUUGCCUGGUGAAUCUCCUUCAGAACUCAUCUCUGAUGUUACCACUCUUAAGGAAGCCUUCCCAAUCCCCUAGGUUUGCUUCCCUAUUAUAAUCUCAUUUUGUGUGUUAUGUGUCAUUUUCUGUGUUAUUUGUGUCAAGUAUCAUUUCUUACUACAUAUAGGUGCUCAGUAAAUAAUCACUGUAUGAUUAUGUCCAGUAAGUACUAUAAUCAGAAGUUGAAUGUUGAUCUCUUCAAAAACUUCCUUUAAAUUACAAUAUACACAAAACCUAACAGGAAGUAUUUCUUAAUGAAAUUACCCAAGAGACUCUUCCUCAACUUGAUCUCAGAUCUAAAUUGGCUAUCUAACAAUAAAAGUUAUUCAUUACUCUAUGUAUACUGGCUAGGGUGUGAUUCUGAGCUAAGAAACUGAAAGUCUUCAACAAGACUCCCCAGUUCCAUUUGCUAGGCAAAUGCUCUACCACUGAGCUACAGUUCAGCCCUUCUCUUAAGAGAAGUCCCACCUUUCUGAUCAGCUAUUUCUAAAGAAAGCUGGUGGAAAAAAGUUUCCAGAACUACAAAUUCAGUUAGGAAAGUACAAGCUGUGGACACAUCUGCUGUUUUACCAGUAUUUCUAACUUCCUGUUGAGCUGAAAACUGCUUGUUUUGUGGAAGAGCAAAAUUUAAUAGCAAACAUCUAAAAUGAAGAGUCCCAAAACUUUUGAGGAACAAACAGAAUGCAUCGUGAACACUCUACUCACAAACUUCCUGAGCCCAACAUUGCACAUUGCCAACCGGGACCUGGGCUCCAUAGACGAACCUGACUCAGGAGAGGCUUGCUGCUUUGAUGUGGCUAUCAUUGCUGGUCGCCUUCGGAUGUUGGGUGACCAAUUCAAUGGAGAAUUGGAAGCUCCUGCUAAAAACGUCAUUGCAAAAACCAUUCAGGGACAGGUAGGAGCUGUACUCCAAGACACAGUGCAGUUCCUCAGCAAGACCUGGUGUGCUCAGGAUUCCAGCCUAGUUUAUGAGAGAGCCUUUCUGGCAGUGUCAGUGAAACUUUUUGAAUAUGUGGCCCAUGUGGCUCCUGAAGUGGUGAGACAGAUGGCUGUCCCCAUGACGAGUAUGAUCAAUGGGAACCAAGCCAUCCGAGAGUUCAUUCAAGGCCAGGGGGGAUGGGAAAAUCUGGAGAGCUGAAGAAGUGGAAUUAUUCCCCAGACCAACAUCACUUCCUCUUUGACUGAACAGGGACUGAUUUCUGGCAAUUAAAAUGGACCAAAAAAAAAAAAAUCAAAACAACUCACUUCAUCUGGCAGAAUUGAACUUAGCUGAAUAAGUAAUUUUCUACUGAUUAUUAAAGUUAGGAGAAACUCCCAGAAGCCUACAGAGAUUUUAUACUUUCUUUCUUUACAUGAAUUUUAAUGAGAUUUUGUUGAAGCAGAGACCUCCAGACACAAAGUAAUGACUUGUUAUGAGUAAACUUCUAGGCAACAGGACAGGCCUUUGCUGGAGAUAUUUUGGAGGAAACAGAGAACACUAGAAAUUAUUCUUUCAGAUUUAGCCCUGUAUUUUGGUAAGGAUCUUGUCUACUAAUUUUGCAAUCUAAAGGGAGACUUUUGGUUGAAAAAUCUUACAUUAUUUCAAGUUGAUUUUCUCUCAAAUUUAUCCCUAAAUUUCAUGUUAAUUUCACCUGAGCAGAAUUAAUUUUAUGUAUUUUAGAGGCUGAAAGCCAAAAAUUGCAGUUUGUUCAUUUAGCCUUUUACUAGAAAAGGUCAAAGGAAGAUUAAAAAUUAUUGCAUUUUUAUUACCACAGGAUGUAGGAAGUGCCAACCCACAUUUAGGACUGUAGGGCCACCCCAGUUUAGAUGAAGCUAGUUGCGUACCACAGAGUUUUUGUUUGUUGUUUUUUGUACUGGAGAUUGAACCCUGGGGUGCUUUACCACUAAGC